AUGAGAGUGUGUUCUCUGCAUUUUCACUCGGGUAAACCAUCAUAUGAGAUGUUGGAGAAUCACCCUGACUGGACACCAUCCUUGCGGUGUCAGACUGUGAGGUGUCAGGACUGUGUUGAGGGUCAGACUGUGUUGAAGGAGUCAGACUGUGAGGUGUCAGACUGUGUGAAGGUGUCAGACUGUGUUGAGGUUAACCUCCUCCCACCUCCUCCUUCUCUUGCCUCCUCCCGCCUUCUCCCACAUCUUCUCGUCUCCUCCCUCCUGCUUCUCUUACCUCCUCCCGCCUCCUCCCACCUCCUCCUUCCUCCUCCCACCUCCUCCUCCCACUUCCUCCCCCUUCCCCCACCUCCUCCCUCCUCCUCCUGCCUCCUCCCACCUACUCUCACCUCCUCCUGCUUCCUCCUGCCUCCUCCCAUCUGCUCCUCUUACCUCCUCCCUCCUCCUCCUGCCUCCUCCCAUCUGCUCCUCUCACCUCCUCCCUCCUCCCACCUGCUCCUCUCACUUCCUCCCACCUCCAGGAGGAGGAACCAGGAGGAGUGA